AUCCUCAUAAUCAUAAAUCAUGAUCGUGAUGAAAAUAUUUUUAAUAAUUGCUAAUAGGUCGUUUAGUCGUUGUUUAUGCAGUAUUGUGAUUUACAAUUGUAAAAAAUAGACUUUUUUGUCUCGUACCCAUUACAAAUGUAUCGUAUUUGCGUGAUGAAUUCCGGGAACAUUUAUAGUUGAACAAGUAUUAAGUAGGUAGUUUACCCAACGCGAAUGGGUAUCUACGGUGUAUACAUUGUGUCCAAAUCGGGUGGACUAAUAUUCAACUAUGAUUACACAGUACCGAAAAUCGAAACUGAACAGACUUUUAGCUAUCCACUUGAUCUAAAAUUGUCUUAUGAAAACAACAGACUAUUAGUCUCAUUUGGUCAACGUGAUAACAUCAAAGGUAUUACAAAAUGACUUGUUAUGUUUGUUAUUUAUUACUAGGAGACUGCUCCCUGAUUGCUUGGCUUGUCGAUCCCCAUAACUCAUGGUAAUCCUAUUUGUAUGCACUAUUUGGGAGGUAUAGAUAUCAACUUGUUUUAUAUAAUUGAGAGCUAUAUCAUAAUAUAUAUUUACAAAUAAUGACAAAAAUAAACCUCCAGUACACAUAAAACUCAUGAUUCUAACACUAUAUUUUGUUUUGUUUUCAGUCGGUCAUGUAUUAUUAGCAAUCAAUGGAAUUCCUGUUUCUGGUAAAAAAUUAGAAGAUGGCACAGAUGCCUUAGACAUGCUAAACGAUACUGCUAAUUAUCCUCUUAAUUUAAAAUUUGGCCGACCUAAGAUGACUGUGAAUGAAAAGAUAUUUCUAGCCAGUAUGUUCUAUCCUCUAUUUGCCAUUGCAUCCCAACUGAGUCCAGAACCUAGAAGUUCAGGAAUUGAAACAUUAGAAGCUGAUACAUUUAAACUCCAGUGUUUUCAAACUUUAACAGGUAUAACAUAAAUAUUUUUGAAAUUUUUCACAUGUAAACAAAAAAUGUUUUAGGUGUGAAGUUUAUGGUUAUUGCUGAUCCAACACACACAGGUUUAGAACAACUUUUAAAAAAAAUUUAUGAGUUAUAUGCUGAUUUUGCUUUGAAAAAUCCAUUCUAUUCCUUGGAAAUGCCAAUUCGAUGUGAAUUAUUUGAUACUAAUUUACAAGCACUUUUGGAACAAGCAGACAAAAAUGGUAUUAAUAGUAUUUAAUAAAAUAUUAUUUUUGAUUUAUACUUAAUUUUUAUUUUAUCAAAAUUUUCUGAAUUACCUUUCAAACUUAUUUUGAGCAUUGUUAGUCUUAUUAUAUUAAUUAACAUAAAUAAUAUAUGUAUUUUACUAAACAAAAAGUGAUAUAUUUGUAUGGUUGGGAUUAAAUUAUACGUAUAAAAGUACGCUCAACAAAUAACCAAUAAUUAUAUUAUAAUAUCUAUAACCCACUGUAUAUUAUAUCUAUAAUUAAUAUAAAACUAAUUAUAUGCCCAACAUCAAGAUAUUGUUAAAAUAUUAGGUAUUAUAUUGAAAAAAUUAAGUUAUAAUUUAAUUUUCUAAGAUCUUAAUAAAAAUGAAUACAAUUUAUGUUUGUAUACUUAUAUCAUAUAUAUUCAUGUUUAUUUAUAUUAACUUUAUUUAAUGUGUAUAUUGUUACAAUAAAAUAAUAUUUGUAUAAAAUAAAUAUUACCUUUACUUAAUUUUAUUUUUAUAUUUAUAAAAUCAAUGUUAUUACUUAUAAGUAGGGUUCUUAUUGCAAUAGCAUGUACAUGUGGCAUAUACUUAAAAUAACCAAAGUAGUUAUGCUCAAAUAAUAUUUUAUUUUAUUUUUUUAAUAGUUAAAUAUUAAGUUAAUUAAAUAGUUAUUAAAACAUAGAUUUGUAAAAGUUAACACUUGUUUUAAACUUAAAAUUUUUUUACGGAAAAGUUAGUCUACACUAAGGGCUCUUAACCCUCAGAGAUUUACACUCCCUUUUAUUUAUGAGUUGUGUAUAAGUUUACAUCUCUCAUGUCACUACUUUAAGAUUAAAGUAUGUUUAAUAUUUUAUAUAGGUCAUAAACAUACUUUAAUGUUGGUUAUUAAAUUAAUAUAGGUUCCCAAAUCUUUAAUAUAGUUUUUUUUAAAUAUUUAAUGAAUUUAUUUGUAUAAGUCAAAAAUUAUUAAUAACAUUUUACAUUUAAAUUUAUUAUUAAAUAUAAAUUAAUGUAAUUACACAAUAAUACCCGAUACAUUUUUUUCGGAAUAUAUAUUAUUUAUAUUUUUUUUUAUUAUUAUUAUUCAUGGUAUAGCUUCAACAACUUAGAUUAUUAACUUACUAAUAUAAUAUAGUAUACUUACUAGUAUAAAAUAAGAUAAAUGUUAUAUAUAGGUAAAAACUAUGAUUGUUCUAAAUUGAGUACAUAUUAUCAGUGUUUGAGGAUGACUGUUGCUGUUGUCUUCAUCUGAGCUUCAAAGAGAUUGUCUGGGAUUCCUUGGCUUCUUCUGGCUUCCAUGUGGCUUAGACAGUAGACUAGAAGGUUCUUAACUGUAAGAGGUUCACCAAAAAUUUUGCACACUGUUGGUUCUUUUUUUUGCCAUAGGAUAUGAUAUAUAUUAUUUAAGAUUUUUUUAUUUUAUUUGUGUAUAGAUAUUAAAUUGAUCAGAAAUAGAUAGGAAUCCAAUUUAGUCAUUCAAUGUUAGAAUUUUGAUUUAUAUGCUUAAGGUAAGAGAUGUUAGUCUCAAGACAAUCAUCUUAUCGCAAAUUGACCAGGAUUUGUACCUGCAACUGUACGUGUUGUGAUAACCACAUUCUUUCACUUGGUCAUAAUGACAAUCAUUAUUUAAUAAUUUAACAUUUUUAAUAUAAAUAACAAUUUAAAAUAUAAGAUUUUUUUAUGUUGAAAACUAUCUUGUAUAGUCUAUGUUUCACAUUUUAGUGCUGUCAUAAAACAUUGUUGUUCCCAAUUUGAAUUAAUCAUUGUCCAUUCACCAUAUUCUAUUUUGCCAUCAUGAUCUAGUAAUAUAAUUGUAUGUGUUCUAAAAUGAAAAACUAAAUUAAUAUA